CUCUCUCUCUCUCUCUCUCUGUCUGUGUCUCUCUCUCUCUCUCUCUCUCUCUCUGUCUGUGUGUCUCUCUAUCUCUCUCUCUCUCUCUGGUCGAGACAGCAUCACUUUGAAUGGAGGAUUUAGAGCUCAGACUCUCUCUGGUCGAGUCUCUAUCGGUGUUAACGGACUGUUGAUCAGCAGCUUUUAAUCUUUAUUUUAUUUUAUUGAAAUAACAGUUCAGGUGUUUCUCUCUCUUCAGGACGCUCUGUGCAGGAUCAUCAGCACGUUAGCCAAUAAGAACGAAGAGCUCCAAACCUUCCUGGAAACGGUCGACAGCACGCUGACGGGACUGCAGGAGGAGUCAUGUCAGGUGAUGUCAGAGCUGGAGGCGGAGCUCGAACAGCUAAGCUCCGCCCUGGAGGAGAAGGGGGCGGGUCUUCGUGCCGUCAUUAAGGAGGAGAAGCAGAGGAAAGAGGCGGAGCUUCAGAAGCAGCUGUCGGAGGGAAAGUCCGCUCUGCUGUCGUGUGAAGAGCUGCUCGAGUUCGCAAAUCAAACACUGACAAUCGCCAACGAAGAAGAAUUCCUAAAGGCUGCAAAACAAAUCAAAGAAAGGGUAACCAUGGCUCCAGCGUUCCGGCUGACGACUCGUCCGGCGGCGUCGGAGAACAUGUCGCAAUUCACCGUCGACUUCAGCGCGGAGAGGGCGGGGCUUCAGCGACUUCACUUCCUGCCAGUACCCAAAGCUCCAGAGAUCGACGUCUCCAGCUGCGUCGUCCGUGACAACACCAUCACGGUUGCCUGGCGACCGGCUGGUGAUGUUGACAGCGAUGGCGACGGUGUCAGCGUCGGCGUCAGCGGGCGAAUCGAACGCUACGAACUCGAAUACCGAAAAACAAACCGUGACAGCUCGCUGAGAGCUGCAGGAGAGGCAUGCUGGGAAAAAAUCCUCGACAUCAGAGAGACACACGUCAACGUCUCAGGUCUAAAGUUUGACUCUCGCUUCGUCGUCUUUCGAGUCCGAGCGAGAAACAAAGCGGCCGCCGGCGAGUUCUCUGAGCCUGUCGCCAUGGAAACCAGAGCGUAUAACUUUGGGUUUGACGCGGCGACGGCUCACGCUGAGCUGAAGGUCGAGGGCGACACGGUGACCUGGGAGCCGCAGGGGGUCAAAGGUCACGACCCCCGACUGAGAGGAAAAGAGAAUAAAAGCAGCAGAAGCGCCACGCCGUCCCCCAAUAAGACAGCAGGAAGUCGAGCAGGACGCGACCGGUUCGCCGGAGAGUCGUACACGGUGCUGGGUGACCAGGAGAUGAUUGACGGCUGUCACUACUGGGAGCUCCGCCCCCUCAGUGACUGGAAGUCGUUCAGCGUGGGCGUGGCCUAUCGGGCCAGCCUGGCUCGCUUCGACCAAUUAGGGAAAAGCUCCGGUUCCUGGUGUCUCCACGCCAGCCAAUGGCUGCAGAGCUCGCUCGCCGCGAAGCACAACAACAGAGCGAAGGCGCUGGAUUGGCCGCUGCCUCAGCGAAUCGGAAUCUACUGCGACUACGACAACGGAGAUUUAUCGUUCAUCGACGUCGACCGACUUCGUCUUCUUCACUCCUUCAAAACAAAGUUCAGCCAGCCGCUCGUCCCCGCCUUCACUGUUUGGUGCGGUGGUAUCGCCAUAGCGACGGGCCUGCAGGUGCCGAGCUUCAUGGGUAAUUUCCUCUCCCCCAAUCAGAGCCUCAGCAACCUGUCACAGUAGAUCGACCUCCUCCAGUCAUCUGUUUUUAUUUUAUUAUUGUUAUUUUUGAUAAUUAUCAUUAAUUUAUUCAUUUUGUAUAUUUGUAUUUAUUAAUUUUAAUUUAAUACAAAACAUAAUAUAAUAUUACAUAUAUAUAGAAAUUACUUGUGAAUUGUUUUCAUUAUCAAAUUUAAAUAAAUGUGAUCAUAUAAAUAUAUUAUAUUGAUAAUUGUUACCUGUUUUAUUUUGAAAUUCUGGACCUGAAGCCAUAGAUUUAGUUUGAGUGUUUUUAUUUUGAAACUGUAAUAGUAUUGUCUGUUAGCUCGGGCUUUUAUUUGACUGAUUUUGUGUAACAGGAAACAGCGUUUAUAAACGCCAGCUGGAGAAAUAAAACUAUAUUAAAACAUUGAACAGCGAUGAAAAGGAGACGAAUAAUGACCUCAUCUGUUUUCCAUAGUUCCGUUUCUAUGGCAGACUUUUAUUUUGAAAAUAGCAACAUGAAAACAGAUUGCCUCUGGCUUUUAUUUUGAAGGCUGAAACAAGAUGUAAUUUAUUUUGAAGUUCAUGAGGAAGUUCUAUGUUUAAUUUGUGUGAAAGACUUUUAUUAUGGAAGACCUCAUUAGAUAGGGUGUUGUGCAUUCGUACUGGCUUUUAUUUUGAAAGUUAGGGCAGAACUUUCUGUCAUAUUGACCAAAUGACUGAAUUUUAUUUUGAAGAUAAUUAUGAAUAUUAAAUUGUACUUUCAUAGAUUUGUUUGUUUGUUUGUUUUAUUAAAUAAAACAGUUCAUAUCUGACCUGGAAUCAGAGCUCAUUUAUACUAAUAAUGUAAUCAUUUAAAUUGUUUGUAUUUAUUGAUUGUGUGUAAAUGUCACAUCUGGAAUCUGAUUCAAUGUUUUAUAUCAAAAUAAACAUUUUGAUAAACUGUGAAGAAAUCAAAUAAAGUUUAAAACUGUGGAAAUAUGUCGACUAAAUGAAAUCGUGUCACUUUGACUUUUCCCCCCAAACAUCGUUACUCAACAGCCUUCCCUUUAUAUGCAGGCUUUUAAUGUGAAAAACAUCAGGAAGUGCUUCUUCACAAGGAUCUGAGAGUCUGACGCAACUCUGAUGAAUUAAAUAUUAAAUAUGUAAUAUUAAAUAUUACAUAUUUAAUAUUUAAUAUUUAAUAUGAAAUAUUAAAUAUUAAACUGAACUCAUCAUGUUUACUGUAGUU